GCAAGGACUACCAGAACCCAUCUCAGAAAAUAAAAUAUCAGUUUUACCUUUCUUGGUAACUCCAAAGUCCAAAACAGUAUGACAAGUCAAAUGCUGUUAGGAAAUAAUUUUAUCAAGUUUUCUUUCCUUAAUAGCUUUGAGUGAUAUGUUAUAAUUUUUGUAACCCGAAUAUUCUUGGUAUUGUAUUCUGUUGCCCAUUCUUCGCAUUUUUUUUUAUUUCGUAUAAAUAGCAUGACUUACAACAGUUUGGCUUUGAAGAUAACAUUAAUGGGUUCUUUUUAUUUUUGUAUGGCAGCCUUUAUUGUUUUAACAUUGGUUUUUAAUUCAGUAGUGUUCUCUAAUGGAGGAAAAACCAGCAUCUAUGUCAGGAAGAUGGAAAAAACUGUUGAUAUGCCUCUGGAAAGUGAUGUCUUUCGAGUCCCUUCUGGUUAUAAUGCACCUCAACAGGUUCAUAUAACACAAGGAGAUCAUGUCGGAAAAGCUGUGAUUGUUUCAUGGGUGACCGAGGAUGAACCAGGCUCCAGUACGGUGCUUUACUGGAGUGAGAACAGCAAGCAUAAGAAAAAGGCAGAGGGCCAAUUCACAACCUAUAAAUUCUACAAUUACACCUCUGGUUUCAUUCAUCACUGCACCAUCGGAAAUCUGGAGCACAACACCAAAUACUACUAUGUGGUUGGCGUUGGUCAUAAUAUGCGAAAAUUCUGGUUUACAACUCCUCCUAAAGUUGGUCCAGACGUUCCAUAUACAUUCGGUCUCAUUGGGGAUUUAGGACAGACUUUUGAUUCAAAUAGCACACUAACUCAUUAUGAACAAAACCCGAAGAAAGGCCAAACUGUAUUGUUUGUUGGGGAUCUUUCUUACGCAGAUAACUAUCCCUAUCAUGAUAAUGGAAGAUGGGAUACAUGGGCAAGGUUUGUUGAGAGAAGUGCUGCAUAUCAACCAUGGAUAUGGACUGCAGGGAAUCAUGAAAUUGACUUUGCCCCUGAAAUUGGUGAAACAACGCCUUUUAAGCCUUACACUCAUCGUUAUCAUGUUCCUUAUCGAGCAUCAAAAAGUACAGCUCCCUUAUGGUACUCAAUAAAGAGAGCUUCGGCUUAUAUCAUAGUCUUGUCUUCAUAUUCUGCAUAUGGUAAAUACACUCCUCAGAACCAGUGGCUUGAACAGGAGCUGCCAAAAGUUAACAGGAGAGAAACACCAUGGUUAAUUGUUCUUAUGCAUUCCCCAUGGUACAAUAGCUACAACUACCAUUACAUGGAAGGAGAAACCAUGAGAGUAAUGUAUGAGCCGUGGUUUGUGCGGUACAAAGUUGAUGUUGUAUUUGCUGGUCAUGUCCAUGCCUAUGAGCGAUCUGAACGUGUAUCCAACAUCGCAUACAAUAUCAUAAAUGGUAUGUGCACUCCUGUGAAGGAUCAAUCUGCACCUGUAUACAUCACUAUUGGUGAUGGAGGGAAUAUUGAAGGCUUAGCAACCAGCAUGAGCGAGCCACAGCCAGCAUAUUCUGCUUAUCGUGAAGCCAGUUUUGGUCAUGCCAUUUUUGAUAUCAAGAACCGUACUCAUGCUCAUUAUAGUUGGCACCGCAACCAUGAUGGAUUUGCCGUUGAAGCUGAUUCAAUGUGGUUUUUCAACAGAUUCUGGCAUCCAGUUGAUGAGUCUCCAACCUCUCAAUGAGUGAUUAUAAGCCGCUUUCUUCGAUCCUCGUGGCCCGUUGAUUUCCGGUGAACGGUCUCUGAUGAAGCGGCCACAGCCGGUCUAAUACAAUGGCGGAAGAUACAAUCACGA